UGACAAAACANUCAUUCCCAACAUUUAAAAACACUCUAAAAUCCAUUGCACCAAAACCUUACUCUGUAGUGUCAUUUGUUUCAGCUAUCGUUCUAGUUAGUUUUUCCUAGGAAACACACAAUCAUUGGUUCCAUUUCAUUCGGAGUGGAAUGGCCACAACAACCCCAAAGUUGAUCUCCGACAAGAACGAGAUGCGAAACUGGUCUCGCUCCAUGCGGGCCCAAGGCAAGCUAAUUGGGUUUGUCCCCACCAUGGGCUUCCUCCACGCGGGCCACCUCUCUCUCGUCUCCCAGGCCCGCUCNCUCUGCGACGUGGUCGCCGUCUCCAUCUACGUCAACCCGGGCCAGUUCGCGCCCUCCGAGGACCUCUCCACCUACCCCUCNGAUUUCCAAGGCGACCUCCGCAAACUCGCCGCGCUGCCCGGCGGCGUCGACGUCGUCUUCCACCCCCACAAUCUUUAUGAUUAUGGACAUAAUAGUGGUGACGUGGCGGGUGAGGGAGGUGGCCCGGCGGCGUCUUGCGUUGAUGGUGAUGGGUCGGGACACGAGACUUGGNUGAGGGUUGAGAAGCUAGAAGUGGGAUUGUGUGGGAAGAGUAGGCCCAUUUUCUUCAGAGGGGUGGCUACUAUAGUGACCAAAUUGUUCAACAUUGUGGAACCGGAUCUGGCUGUGUUCGGGAAAAAGGAUUAUCAGCAGUUGAGAGUUAUUCAGAGGAUGGUUCGAGAUCUUGAUUUUUCCAUAAAAGUGAUCGGUGCUGAAAUAACACGUGAGANUGAUGGCNUGGCAAUGAGUUCACGUAAUGUGCACCUUUCACCUGAAGAGAGGAAAAAGGUAUUUAGUUUAACCAAUUAUUUUUAACUGCUCAAAGCCAGCAGUGACAUUUAACUGUAAAGCAUCUCGAAAGAAUAUGUAAAGAUUAUGUUCCAGAGCUUUUCUUAUCUCAUCCACUUCACUU